GAACCUUGUGAAUGUACACUUGGUGUGCGUGUUUUCUUCAACUUUUCUGCGUGUGUCUAGAAAAAAUAUAUUACUACCACUAAACAAAACUAUCUUAUCGGAUCUGAUUGACGGCAGUAAUUUGGAACUUGUUGUGCAGCCUAUUCUUAUAUGAUAUUCGGUUUCGCAUAGAAUUUAUCUGCCCUAUUGCGCACCUUUAAUAUACUUCAUCAACAAUUCAUUUGUACAUGUACUUAUUGGUGUAACGUUUCUGAAUUUUCAAAUAACACAAUAUCCUCCUUCACUCACUUCUAUGUUUAUGAUUGGUUACGUCGAUCUCUAUCAUCACAUCACAAUGUCUAUAUAGUGUCAUUCAUUUUAUUGUUGGUAUACAUGACAGUUGAAUUUCGGAUUAAAUAUAUAUAUUUUCAACAUCAAUUUUUGUUAAAUUCACCUUCCAACUGGGGCAAAAAACAAGUUAUCCGGCCAGACCUACCAACCAAGGUCAGCCAUCAGAUUCACCCAUUUAUGAUAACACAUUUUCGUCAUCUGAUUUUAAUCAUUGUACAUCAGAUUCUACAAAUAAUUUACAGCAACAAGAAUUGUCAUCAGUAGUUCAUUCAUCACUUAAUUGCAUACAGUCAUCAAAUCGUGCGAGUUUUAAUCCAACCUCUUCUGCCUUAUCAACUGAAUUUUCUAAUUUUGUGCCAAGAAUAACUUCAAUUACUUCUGUAGAACCUUCUGUUGGUACUGUUAAACCUGUUUGUCUACAGCAUUUAGUACCAAAUUGUUAUCUUCCUAUCGCUAUUUGCACAUCAUCUUCCAAUUUAAAAGAGAACAACACUAGGACACUAACGAAACAAACACCUGAAUACUCUUUGCAUAAUUAUUCACAAAUUAUAGAUAAUCAGUUUCAUUUGUUGGAAUAUGCAUCGAACUUAUUACAUCCCUCUCAUUCAUAUUUACUAGUUGAACUGAUAAAUUUGACACUUUCUGAGCAAGAUUUUCUCUAUUUUACACAGUCAGUACAUUAUCAUGUUUUACUUAUAGUUACAGAUUGUAUAGUUUAUCAUUAUUGUAAAACAAUUAAAAAUAGUGUUCAAUCUAUUUAUUUAUCUAAUCCACUUCUAUUGUCCGAUUAUAAACCAAAUCCUGUGAUAAAUUCCACAGAAAAUUCAUCAAACAAUUUCAAUAACUUAUCGAAUAUUCAAUUAUUAACAACAUCAGAUUCAAUUUCUUUAUUGGAACCUUACAUAACUGAUUUUUUUCAACAGUUGACAUUGAUCUCUAAUCAGUUAGGUUACAUUAAUUCUCCCAAAACUAAUCAAAGUUUAACAAUUAUGUCUACUUCAUCUACUCGUCCACCAAGAGUUCCUGCGAAUCCAAAUUUAGCGUCUGCAGUUCGUGGUACUGGUAAUAGUCAUAUUAAUGAUGGUUUAAGUCGAUUACGUGUAGGAAGCGCAGCAUCUAGAGAGUCUUCUUAUUCUCCACCAGCUGAUAGGAAACCUGCAACAACACGACGCACAAUCAAACCUACUUAUGGCGUUAAAGCUGAUGAGGUGAAUGCAGCGCUGCUACGUAAACUUGAAAAAGCUACCUCUAGUUUUAAUGGUCCAGAUUUUGAAGAUGAUACUGGUGGGGCGUCUUCAGACAAUGAUGUAUUUGAUACAGAAGACGAUGGAUGUGCAGUGAAACAUGAUGAAGGGAUCAUUUUGUUGGCCACUUCAUCAUCUCUGUUGUCUCCAGAAUCACCAGUUUAUGGAAAUGAGGCUGGUGCUGGAGAUCUAUUGCCUACAUCAUCUUCUUCAGUCAAAUCUCCUGUAAACCAAUUACUUAAGGCACUUACUUCUGGCAGUCGUUUGGUUACAUUGAAACCAAUUUCAAAGCAUGAAUUAUGUCAAAAACAAGUUCCAACGGCAAGCACGGCCACUCAGACCAAUGACGUACGUCUUGUUUGUGAACGAUGUUCAAACUAUUUCUCGUUGGAUACAGAACAGGCUCCUUCAUCAUCUACUUGUAUAAUUAAUAAGAGAGAAGAAAAGCAACAGCCAUCUUUGUAUAGACUCAGUUUAUUCACUAGUGUGAUAGAAUAUAUGCCUUAUCUAAUACCAUUAUCUCGUGGUGUUCCAUUAAGACGUAUGCGUUCUACUACAACUAGUAACAAUCCAUUAGUUUUUGGUGCUAAUUCACCUAGAUUUCGUUGGCCAAUAGAUGGUGAAUUUGUGGAUUGUACUGAAACUUUACCGGAUCAUCCUGCAGCUGUAUUUACUGUUUGCAUUAUUUGCGAUGGAUAUACUGCAACAAAUGUUAGGUUUACUAAGAGAGUAGAAUAUUUCAGUCCUCCAUGCAAAGCAUCAGUUAUCGUUUGUGGUCCAUUUACUUUCAAGUCAUGUUCUAACAUAAAGUCAGGCAAUUAUUUAAGAAGGCUGGAUAAUUCCAAUGACGUAACAAAUACUAAUACUAAAAGUAAUAACCUACAUAAUGGAUCAAUGAAAAAUUGUUUGAAUUCCAACAAUGAAAUUGAUGAGAAAGAGAAUAACAAAAUAAAUGAAAAUAAUGAAGAUGAGGAUUCUGAGUGUGAAACAGUUGGUCGACGUCUCCGACGACAACUUCGUCGUACACAAAAAACACAAGAGAUAAAUGCAGCUACAGUCGCUUGUGCAAUACGACAAAAUGCAAUGAUAGAUGGAUCUAUGACGUACCAACAAAACGAGAAUCAUAUGAUGAAUACUGUUAAUACAUCUGCUAAUGAUAAUAAUAAUAAUAAUACUAUUAAUGGUAACGGUAUUGAUAAUCAUUAUGCCAGUAAAUUAGUUAACAAUAAUAGUGAUUCACUGACACAAGACACUCAAGAUCAAGCUACCUCGAGAUUAGCUGUUGCCAGACAACGUGCCAAACGAUUUAUUGAACUUAGGAAACUUAGCGUUACUGAAAGUUUAAAUGAGAAUUUAUUAUUAAGACAAGAGGCUGAGGUGAAUUUAUUUCUUUGGUUUUUCUAAAUAUUUUUAUUUAUCCUAUAAGUGGUAAUGUUGUUUAUUUUAUAUUGAUAUAUCUUAUAGUAUAGUAUUAUAUGAAUAUAAGCAAGUUAUAAUUUGUUGUAUACAUUCCAUCGAGUAGUUUACCAUUGUUAUGUUACAUAUAAACAUGAUUGUAGGUUUGGUGUUUUGUUAUCAACUCUAUAUUAUUAUGUAUAGAGCGAAGUUAGUUCAAAUGUAUAGAGUAAUGAUUAAUUAUUUUAUUUUAUUCUAUUUAUUAUGACCUGUACAUUUUACAUUUUUGUAAUCAUUCUGCUUUAUACAUAGAACGAUCCUUUGUGUACUAAUCUUAGUGUAGUUCAUCACUGUGUAUUUAUUCAUCUGAAUGUUCUUAUU